GCAUUCGGAAGGAGCCAGCGUAACUAACACAACGCCCGGUAACAUGUGCUUAUUGAGAAAUAGUGUCAGUUCGGAGGCAAUUGAAGUGUUGCAGGCGACUUGGAUUUCGGCCAACUGGCGAUGCGUUAAAUAUAACGUAUUAUGUCAGAGCUUUGGAGGAUUACAUCGCGUUGUGUAUAUUUUCCAUAAAAUAGUGUCUUGCGAAAUAACUAUACUGUGGUAGAACGAUAUAGUGCUUUUUCUGUUUUUGAGAAAGCCGAUUUUAAGUCUGUGCCAAGGAUCGCUAUCAAGUCGCCUACACACAUAAGCGACUAUAUCCACAAAUCACAUCUAUAUUUAUAAAGUAUACAAGUCCUCGAAUAAAGUUGAAAACCAAAAAAAAAAAGGAAACUAGAUUAAAAUUAAUUAAAAUUAAAAGUAGACGUCAAGUUAAUAAUGUUAACAUUAAUUGUUUGCAGGAUAAGUUAAGCGAGCACAAUGCCUUUCAAACCAGUAGACAACCCGAAGUGUCCGAAAUGCGGCAAGUCCGUCUAUGCGGCGGAAGAACGUGUCGCAGGCGGACUCAAAUGGCACAAGAUGUGCUUCAAAUGCGGCCUGUGCCAGAAGUUGCUUGAUUCGACCAACUGCACGGAACACGAAGGCGAACUUUUCUGCAAAGUUUGUCACGCACGCAAAUUCGGACCUAAAGGAUACGGUUUCGGCGGUGGUGCAGGAUGUCUAUCCAUGGACACCGGCGACCACCUGAAGGGCGAAAAUGCGUAAGUACAUAAUUUCCUCGCACUCCCGCCGCCCGCGCCACUGAGGGUCUUUCCUUAUCUAUGGUCGACACAAUGACCGGCCUUUGGGCCCGUACGUAACAACAUUAACAGCGUGUAUAUAAACUUUAGAAAAUAGUAAGCGCGCGCUCGGCUGUACAUUUCGCGUCGCCUGACACGUGCAUGACCAGUCUCCGUUUAUGUCGCAACAGGAAUUGAUCGCGAGCAGCCGUCCAGCAGAGCUAUCGGGUCGCCGACACACAUCUCGGCCAACCAGCGACGCUUCGCGAACGCCCACUGUACCUUAAAAUACUUUAGUUAGGAUUAUUUAUUCGCUAUCGCUUAAUUUAUUUUGUUUAUCGGUCUAAUAUUUAUAAUUUAUAUAAAAUAAAUAAAACAGUCGACCACCAAUACUGAGUUAGUUGCAUUGAUGAGUCUGAGUGCGACCGAGCCGGCGCGGGCUCGAGAUGCUGACGAGGGUACGCUCGCGCCGACUCGUGCGCUCUCUAGCUCUGACUAUCCCCUUCCCUAUCUGGGCGACCAUACGCAGCGAAGCAACGGUGAGAAAACCAUUUUGUAAGCCUCAGCACGGCUUCGCUACGCUCCAGACGCACCCUAAGGCAUGACAUUGUUUCGUGACACUGUUUUCUAUCUCGUAACUUUCUGCAUUACUGAUCCUCGCUAACAACCAGCUAACGCUUGUCUUAGCUUUAAUUGGAGCUAAAACAUGUGAUGGGAUAAGGAAAGCGCCCUCUAUGUGAUGUCGAUGUAUAAUCUGUAUAGCGAGCCGGUGCGGAGCGGGCGGCCGGGAGCCUUACCUUCUCCCAUUACGGCGGAGGUGCGCCGCCGAUAAUCGCUUCGCCGAGAUCCGUGUGGGCUAUUUAAUAGGGGUGAUUGGAGAGCUCCGACGCCCGAUUGCUUUUAACAUAUCUUCUGUCAUCGUUGCUCGACCGGGCUACUGUCGGGCAGCGAAUGACACGAGCCAUAUGUGCAGGGGCGUAAGGACCAAUGGAGCCUGUUUAGAACCUCGUGUUAUUGCGAAGGCCCCGCCCGGAGAGGGCUGCCCGCGCUGCGGCGGCUGCGUGUAUGCCGCCGAGCAAAUGUUAGCUCGCGGAAGGGUGAGUUUUCUAUCGCAUAAUCUUAACUUCUCUUAAAUGCUUUCCAAAAGUUAACCGCCGGCUUCCACGACUGAGCGGAUGGAAAGGAGGCACGUUAUUUAUGUAGUGACCUAAUUAUAACCAAUAAAAACUCCCUUAGAUAUAUGCUUUAGCAGCGUUACCUUUAUAUAAGGAGCAUAUAACAAGAAUAUAAACAAAGUGUUGUAUCGUAGGGCUAUCACAAGCACUGCUUCAAAUGCUUAACUUGCCACAAGAUCCUUGAUUCAAUGACGCAUUGUGAUGGGCCAGAUAACGAGAUAUAUUGUCGAGGUAUUUAAACUUUGACUUUCCAAGUGAAAGUAUCCUAUAUGUAAAGCAGUUUGUGCUUUAACCGUCGGUGUUAUUGUGAUAACAGUUUGCCCCCAGUUUUUUUCUUCUUGCAUGGCUCAUCCAACAUACCCUCAUUGUUCACUGUGUGUCCAGGCGUGGCACAAGGAGUGCUUCAAAUGCGGCGACUGCUUAAAACGGCUGGACUCCACAAACUGUUGCGAGGGUCCGGACAAAGAUAUUUACUGCAAAGUAUGUUAUGCAAAGAAGUUUGGUCCUAAGGGAUAUGGUUAUGGAAAAGGAGCCGGCGUUCUGCAGAGCGAUCCUUACGCUAAUGGGUAAGUACCAAUUUUAAAUAUUUUAUGUUACAUAUUAUCUAAUACCACUUAAACGGAAAAUUAGACAACGCCUGGAAAUUAAAAGUACCAAGUGUGGAAACUGAUAGUGGACCUUGUAUUUCUGUUUUUACAAAAUAUGUACCUAAUAAACAAAAUAAAUAUUUUUAAAGCAUCGUGUGCGUUUCAGCAUGACUUAUUAUAUCGUGCACAUAUCAAUUUUCUGCUUCAUACUGAAAGCCUGGCCACUGUUUUUCCACAAGCCACUUAUUAGGUGUUGAAGUUCUCAUAUUACAAGACAGGUUUAGAUUAUUUCCAUCGUAUAGUCACUUUCAUAAAAACAGCUUAUAAUACAAACAAGUUUUGGCAGCGUGCCAGUUUCAAAAUAGAACAUCCUCUCCACUCUCGCACAGACUAAUUUAUAGCGGGCAAGAAAGACGAGCCAUACAACUGAGCUUAAAUUCAAUUUAGGUGUUUUAUUUAUAUUAUGACAUUCUAAUACUUGCAUAACAUUUUCUUAUAUAUCUAUCUUUUUUAAGACGUUACAGACGGUCGCAAACAAUUUAUAAAACAAAUCCAUAUUACGUUACUAAAUAAUAAUGUCAUUUUACUGUAUACUGUAAAAUAUAGAAAUAUAUAUGUUAUAGGAUACACAAGUUGAUAAGGGACUAAUAGUAAAUCUUUAACGGUGGUAGAGCCACGCAGCAGUUUUUGCUAUUGCACGUAUGGGCCGGCUCGAGCUGGGUGGGUACCACGACCUCAACAUCAACAUGGUAGCGGAAUUACACGUUAGACUACCCCAGGAGAGUACCAGUACCCCUGGAGAAUCCCUCGCUGAGCAUCCACGACCAUGUUAUUCCACUCCUGAACGUGGGUGCUCAGGCUGUCCCGCGUAUUCGGGGGGGAAAAAUUCUGCUCAAAAACAUAACUGCUCGGGGUAAACAGAGCAACAAGACCAAGGCGACCCCUGCUACGCUAUCCGUGAAUUUCUGCAACAUCAGGGGACUUCACUCGAACCUAAACGCCGUCCACUACCAUCUCGAGACGGCGAAGCCGGACUUGCUCUUUCUGACCGAGACGCAGGUUUGCUCUCCGGCUGAUAUUUCGUAUCUCUCCUACCCGGGGUACAAAUUGGAGCACUCCUUUGUGCCUCGGGCUGGAGUUUGCGUGUAUGUCAGAGAGGACAUCUGUUCUCGACGCCUCGGCAGUCUUGAAGGUUCGGACCUGUCCAUCCUAUGCCUACGCGUAGACAGCGACGACCAUCUGCGCGUCUACGGGUGCCUCUAUGGGUCCUAUAGCGCUAAUGCCGAAACAGACCGACUCAUUGACCACGUCCAAAUGGCUACAGAUUCUUUGCUACAACAGGUCCCAUUCGCAGAGAUCGUAAUCCUUGGCGAUUUUAACGCCCACCACGCCGAAUGGCUCGGUUCACGUUUAACCGAUCAUGCGGGGAGAUCUGUUUAUGACUUUGCUUUGGCAUAUGGUCUGACACAACUGGUUACUUCGCCUACGCGGAUUCCAGAUGUGGACGAUCAUACACCUUCCCUGUUGGACCUUCUGCUGACCUCUCAUCCGGACGGAUAUCAGGUUUCCGUCGAUGCCCCUCUCGGCUCUUCGGACCAUUGUCUGAUCCGGAAUUGAGCGAAUUGGCGAGAAACUAGUUCGCCUUCCUUCGGGAACCCGUGCAUUCUGGUCUCUCGCCAAGGCUGUCCAAGGGAAUUUCUGUAAGCCAUCACUACCAUCUCUGCACAGGGAGGACGACUCACUGGCCCAAGACGCAAAAGACAAAGCCGACCUUUUAGGCUCCCUUUUUGCGUCCAACUCGACUCUUGAUGACGGGGGGGAAAACACCGCCGACCAUCCCGCGUUGUGAGUGUUCCAUGCUGGAUGUGCUGUUCUCACAGUGUUCGGUUCGCAAAGCACUCCUCUCCCUGGACAUUCGAGAGGGCCUGACGGAAUCCCCUCAAUUGUGCUGAGGACGUGUGCUCCGGAGUUGGCACCAGUCCUAACGCGUCUUUUCCGGUACUCCUACUCCCAAGGCGUAGUCCCGAAUUCAUGGAAGACAGCUUUUGUCCACCCGAUCCCUCAAAAAGGCGACCGCUCAGACCCGUCCAACUAUAGGCCUAUCGCGAUCACCUCCUUGUUCUCCAAAAUCAAUUAUUAACUGCCAGCUCAUGCGGUACCUUGAGGAUCACCAGCUGAUUAGUGACCGCCAAUACGGUUUUCGUCGGGGUCGAUUAGCUGGUGAUCUUCUGGUCUACCUGACCCAUAGUUGGGCAGAGACAGUAGAGUCUAAGGGGGAGGCGUUGGCCGUUAGUUUGGACAUUGCGAAGGCCUUCGAUCGGGUUUGGCACAAAGCGCUUCUUUCGAAGCUCCCUUCCUAUGGGCUUCCCGAGAAAUUGUGCGAUUGGAUCACCAGCUUCCUUGCAGAUCGGAGCAUCAAGGUCGUUGUAGACGGUGCAUGCUCCGACUACAAGCCUAUUAACGCUGGUGUUCCACAAGGCUGUGUGCUAUCACCAACGCUGUUUCUUCUGCAUAUCAAUGAUAUGUUGCUAACUGGUAACAUUCAUUGCUAUGCGGAUGACAGCAUUGGUGAUGCUCUAUACACCGGCCGUGCCAAUAUUUCUCGGGAAAACGUCGCCGAGUACCGGAACAAACUUGUGUCUGAAGUAGAGUCUUUGUUGAACAAAGUCUCGGAUUGGGGGCGACUAAAUAUAGUCCAGUUUAAUCCUCAGAAGACACAAGUUUGCGCGUUUACCGCUAAAAAAAACCCCUUUGUCGUAUCUCCUCAGUUUCAAGGCACUCCCCUUCUUGCCUCAGCCAGUAUCGGAAGUCGGAGUCGACAUAUCGAGUGACGUGUAGUUUCGUGGUCACUUGGAAGAGAAGGCCAUAUUGGCCUCUAAAAAGCUUGGCGUGCUCAGCAGAGCGGGACAGUAUUUCAUGCCGGCACACCGUCUGCAACUUUACAAGGCGUAGGUUCGGCCUCACAUGGAAUACUGUUCCCAUCUCUGGGAAGGCGCUCCCCAGUGCCAGCUCCUUCCACUUGACGGCAUCCAGCGCAGAGCGGCUCAAAUCGUCGACGACCAAGUCCUUUCCGAUCGGCUCGAUUCAUUGGCACUGCGAAGAGAUGUUGCAUCCCUUUGCAUUUUCUUUCGCAUCUACCACGGGGAGUGCUCUGAAGAAUUGUUCGGAUUAAUCCCAGCCGCCAAAUUUCACGAACACACAUCGCGGCAGAGCUCCCGAUACCAUCCACACCAUCUGGAUGAUUGGCAGUCCACCACUGUGCGAUUUAGAAGAUGUUUUCUUCCUCGCACGACUUCCUUGUGGAAUCGAUUACGAUCAGCGAUUUUUCCGGACCGAUACGACUUAGGGACCUUCAAGAAAAGAGCGUACUCAUUUUUAAAAGGCCGGCAACGCAUCUGCGAUUCCCUCCCUGGUGUUGCAGCUGUUCAUGGGCGGCGGUAGUCACUUACGAUCAGGUGAGCCGCAUGCUCGUUUGCCCCCUCUCCUAUAAAAAAAAAUGUAUUAUCUCAAGAAAUUAUUAUAAAUAAUUAAGACUGUUAACGCAAAAGAAGUUAAAAGUAAAAAAUCUUAACACGACUUUUAAAUACCUUUGAAAUAGUAGUUAUUUGGUGCUGAUAAAAGAGGUUACCUGGAAAGAUUUCCGGGAGUUUUGAAAAUAGAGAAUAUUCACCCAACUACUAUUUUCCUACAUUAAUUUUUUUUUUUCAAGAGAUUGAGUCAAUUAUGCCUGUAACUUUACGUGUUUUUUGGAUGAUGUCAUCUGAAGAAUAGUUCAUUACAUGUAGAUUAAGAGUACUGGGGAGACCACGAUAAAAAAACGCGUCACUUACUCUACCUCAUAGUGGUGUGGAAAUGAGUUUUUUGGACAAAGCGCAUGUUGAAGUACUUUGCGCUCAUACACACAAAUAGUUUUGCUAUCUAAACUAUCAAUACUGAAAACAGAACGGAUAACGAAAUUAUAUUAUUAAUUUACAAUAAAUGGUUAGCUAUGUAGAUAUAUCCUAGUUUUCUAAAUAGUAGUUAUUGUUUAUGUAAACAUAUACAUACAUAUAAUCAUAGAUUCAGUAUAAACUGCUUGCUAUAUCUAUGCAUAUAACCAAAUUUUUUUAACUAUUUACUAAAUUAACUAUUGCAUCUAUUUCAGAAAAACUUCUAUUAUAAUAAUUCUAUACCUUGUAGGGACUACGCGCCUAAAACAACGGUAAUAGAUACUGCUAUAAUCAAAGCUCCACCGGGCAAAGGAUGCCCAAGAUGCGGUGGCGUCGUUUACGCAGCAGAACAGGUCUUGGCUAAGGGCCGUGAAUGGCAUCGUAAGUGCUUCAAGUGCCACGACUGCUCGAAGACACUUGACUCAAUUAUCGCCUGCGACGGUCCAGACUCUGAUGUGUACUGCAAGACCUGCUAUGGCAAGAAGUGGGGCCCCCACGGAUAUGGAUUUGCAUGCGGCUCUGGAUUCUUACAAACUGACGGCUUGACUGAGGACGAGAUCUCUGCAAACCGCCCAUACUACAACCCAGAUACGACCAGCAUUAAAGCGCCAAAGGGCCAAGGCUGCCCACGAUGCGGUGGCAUGGUGUUCGCUGCUGAGCAACAAUUGGCUAAGGGAACUAUGUGGCACAAGAAAUGUUUCAACUGUGCUGAGUGCCAUCGUCCACUGGACUCCAUGCUGGCUUGUGAUGGCCCUGACAAGGAGAUCCAUUGCCGUGCAUGUUAUGCUAAGCUGUUUGGACCAAGAGGUUUUGGUUAUGGUCAUGCCCCAACACUUGUAUCAACAGACACCGAUGUUACUAACAGAUACGCUGAACAGUUUCCAUUCACGGGUCAGAAAGCAGCUAAAGGCCAGGGCUGCCCACGCUGUGGCUUCCCAGUCUAUGCUGCUGAACAAAUGCACUCCAAAAAUGGCACAUGGCACAGGCGAUGUUUCUCAUGUGCAGAUUGCCACAAGUCUCUUGAUUCUACAAACCUGAAUGACGGUCCCAACGGAGAAAUUUACUGCCGUAGCUGCUAUGGCCGCAAUUAUGGACCUAAGGGAGUCGGGUUCGGUAUGGGCGCAGGCACAUUGACCAUGGCUUAAGAGAAUAUGAAGCUGGGCUUUAAUAGAAAACAAAAAUGCAAAUAAUUACCUAAAAGGAAUUUAAUCUGUUACAUAUUAUAUAACCUUGAUCAUACCAUAUAUUAAACUGGUUUUAAUUAUGGUUGAUUUUAAAUAAGACUAGGGGGAGGGACAAGUUGCGGCACGUAAGUCUAGCGCUGAACGAAACGAGGAGGGGAUAGCUGCGCAUGGGUACUGUCGCGCACAAUUGAAUUGCACGAAUGCGACUAGAGACCCAAUCAGCGCGUGCGAACUACGCACGCCCGCCCCAUAACCCGCUUACUACCCAAUGAUACCUUAUUUUCGACUUAUACGCAAUAACGGUCACCGCUACUUUCGUGCCGCUACUUAGAAUAGGGUUAUUGCAAGUUCAAAUAUUUUAUGAUAGAAUAGUAUAAAUUAAAGGUUACAUUCCCUUCACAAUAAGUGUAAGCUGCGAUGAAUGUGUCUGGGCCCUUAGUUUAUAAAUUCAUCAUAAAAUAUGUAGAAUAAGACGCAUAGACUUAAUAGAUAUGUUAUAGGUACGUAAGAAUUAAUAAAUUUAAAAAUAUAAGAAAAACAUGUUAAAUACAAAAAUUAUGGCAUUGUGAUUACCUACCUUCUUUAAUAUCGUAAUGUGAUAUAAGGUAGGAAUAAAAACUAUCCUGUAAACACGGAUAAAGAUUGCAUUUAAUUGCGAUCGUUUCGACCGACCAGAUCUUUUUUCAAGAUCUGAAGUGGAUAUACAUAUUUUUUUUAUACAUACACCAGAGAUUUUGUAUAUAAUUUUGUCAUUUCAUUUAUUUAAGCAGCAAUAAGCUGUGCUAGUUAACUCUUAAAAUGCUUUAAGGCUUUUGUUCUAAUAACAUGCUAAAUAAAAAAUAUAAUUUAUAAAGUUAAGUCAGCUUAUUGGAGAUCUUGUGACAGUAUUCAUCAUUACUUUUGU